AUGGUGGAUUCUCAACUUCACAUGAAUCAACAACCUUUGUACAGAAACAUAUGCAACACACUUCUGUCUCUAACAUACUCUCGUUCACUCUCCAAAGGUCUUCAAUUACAUGCUCACAUUAUCAAAUUAGGUUUACAAUCAAUCCCUCUUCUCUCCCAUCAUCUCAUCAAUUUCUACUCCAAAACCCAUCUCCCUUAUUCCUCUCUUCAAAUCUUCAACGAUUCAUCUCACAAAUCUCCCACUACCUGGAGCUCAAUCAUCUCUUCAUUUGCCCAAAAUGACCUCCCUUUACUUUCUCUACACUUUUUCCAACUCAUGAUCCGUCAUGGUCUCCCUCCUGAUGACCACAUUUUCCCUAGUGCUACUAAAUCAUGUGGUAUUCUAGCUUCGUUACCUGUGGCGCAAUCGCUUCAUUGUUUUGCUUAUAAGACUGCUUACCAUGUUGAUCUUUUUGUGGGAAGUUCUAUUGUUGAUAUGUAUGGUAAAUGUGGCAAUAUUAAUAAUGCGCUUAAUGUGUUCGAUGAAAUGCCGUAUAGAAAUGUUGUUUCUUGGAGUGGUUUGAUUUAUGGGUAUGUUCAAUUGGGUGAGGAUGAUGAAGCUUUGAGGCUUUUUAAACGGUUUCUUGUUGAAGAAGAAAACGAGGGUGUUAAUGAUUUUACUUUGUCCAGUGUUUUAAGGGUUUGUGGUGGUUCUACUUUGCUACAGAUGGGUAAACAAAUACAUGGGUUGAGUUUUAAGACCAGUUUUGAUUCGUCUUGUUUUGUUGCGAGUUCUUUGAUUUCGUUGUAUUCGAAAUGUGGGGUUGUUGAGGAAGCUUAUGAUGUUUUUGAGGAGGUUACUGUUAGGAACCUUGGGAUGUGGAAUGCUAUGUUAAUUGCCUCCAUGCAGGUGCUUUAUGAGUUGUUUGAUAAGAUGAAGAGUGUUGGUGCAUUAGUAUUCAGUUUUCAACUUUUUAUUAGGUCAGUGACUGACUAUACUGAUAUCUGGGUGAUGAGGCAUUUUACCGAUCUUUUGACAACCACAAGUGUUAGAAUAGCUUGUGCUAAUUUGGAAGGAAAGAAGUUGACUCCAAUUUUUCUUUCACAGGCUGUGAGAGUAGAACACUGUGAACGAGUUCAUGUGAUUGUAGCAGCAAAACGAAUUUGUAUUGCUAACUGCCGUGAAUGUGUAUUCUUUUUGGGAGUGAACCAGCAACCCCUUAUUGUCGGUGAUAACCAUAAGUUGCAGGGUUCAUGUGAUGACCCUAUUGAAAAUGACAUGAUUACUUUGUGA